UGCGGCGAACGCAGCAGUUAGUGCAGCAGUUAAGGUUACUGAAUAAAAGUAGCUCCUUUUCAUGGAAUUCUCGCAGCUCACUCUUUCUGUGGUAGUUCGCCUUCGCAGUUUGGUCGCUCGCUCGGAAGCCGUCCAUAAAGUUACACAAGCUUUCCCAUUUACUCAGGCACUACGUUGAGAAGCCCUAACACCAACGUGGGUCACGAUUUAUCAUCAGUAAAAUGGCUCACCACUUGAUCUACGACGAGCGUCAGACACGUGUAUUCAUUUUAAUGUCAAUAAUAUGGUGUUGGUGUCACGCCCUCGCUCAAGAUAAAGAGCUGAACCUUACUAUUCUUCACACGAACGACAUUCAUGCUCACUUGGAAGAAAGCAACAAAUAUGGUGGCGAAUGCUUUAAAAAGGGUCCUAAUUCUACAUGCGUCGGGGGAGUUGCCCGGAUUGUGACUAAGGUAAAGGAAAUUAGGCAAAAGGUGCCGAAUGCGUUGUUUAUGAACGCCGGAGACUUCUUCCAAGGCACGCCUUAUUACACCAUCUUCAAGGAAAGCGUCAUAAGUGCAGUCAUGUCAAAGAUGGGCUACAACUAUGCGUGCCUUGGAAAUCACGAAUUCGACGAUGGACCGGACAACCUUGCCCGUUUUCUUCAGAAAAUGAGAGAAGCUAAUGUGACGAUUGUCGGCACAAACACAAAUUUUUCAAAGGAGCCCCGGCUUGCAGGAAACGAGCUUGAGAAUCAUGCAAUACUAGAUAUUGACGGGACGAAGAUCGGAAUUCUAGGCGCGGUAAUUCCUAGCACGCAAUAUACUUCAAGCCCAGGACCAAACGUGGAAUUUUACAAUGAAGCCGAUAGUUUUAAAACGGUAACUAGUAAACUUGUCAGCGAAGGCGUGAACAUAAUUAUCGCAAUUACACAUAGCGGCUUCCAGCGAGAAAUUGAGAUUGUUGAUAAAGUGCCAGAAAUAGAUGUCCUCGUUGGCGGACACACUAACACUUUCCUUUACACGGGUGAUGACCAUCCGAAGGAGAAUAAGCCCGAUGGCCUAUACCCAUACGUUGUUAACAGAACUGACGGCAGCAGAGCCCUCGUGGUGCAGGACUUCUGGUUUGGGAAAUUCCUUGGCCGGCUUGACGUGACAUUUAACAGCACGGGUCACAUUGUGGAGUGGGGAGGAAACCCUAUUCUACUCAACGCUGCUGUCAGUGAAGACCCUUGUAUGACUGAAGUCCUAGAGCCAUAUAAGAAAAACCUCACAAGAGAGAUGGGGCAGGUGAUUGGCAGGACUAAGGUCCUCAUGGAGCACAGAGACGACAUCUGCAGAAUGAAAGAGUGCAAUAUCGGUAACCUGGUUGCCGACGCCUACUACGACUACUACGUUAACCGAGAAACAACAAAGCCUCCGGCAUGGUCGGCACUCAACGGUGCCGUCGUUAAUGCUGGGAGCAUUAGAACAGCUCUCCCGAGCUUCUAUAAUGUCACAAGGGGAGACGUUGUGACAACUUUACCAUAUGGGAAUUCGCUAGUCACGGUCACACUCACCGGCACUGACAUAUGGAACAUGUUCGAGCAUUCUGUCACGGAUUACACGACAGAGAAAAAUCAACAAAAAGGACGCUUCCUUCAGGUAUCAGGCUUCCGGGUGACAUACAACUUGACAAAACCCAACUACAGUCGUGUCACUUCGAUCAGCGUCCUUUGCGCAAAUUGCAGUGUGCCGCAUUACGAGCCACUUAACUGCUCGGCGACCUACGGCAUAGUUACUGCAGACUUUCUUACAAGAGGUGGUGACGGCUUCAAGUUCGAGAAAUCGGUGAAUGUCAGCGACGGUGGCCCCAUCGAACACGAAGCACUGGAGGAGUACGUCACCAAGAUGUCACCAAUAAAAACACCAAACGAGGAUCGUAUCAAGAUCACCUGGAAUUCUACAGACGAAGAACGAGUACGAAACUACACAAAAGCAACGCGUGAAAGUAAAAUUUGUGGCGGAACUGUUUGUAAUAACGAAUAAAUAUAUCGUACCGAAAAAAACACAA